AUGUCAAGCGAGUUUAGAAUCCGCGGCAAGCAAGUCAUCGAUGAGAUAGCCGACUACUACGAGAACCUGGCCAGCAUCAAGCCCAUGGCUACGGUCGAGCCCGGCUACCUCUACAAGCUACUUUCACACGAAGUCCCCGAGACCGGCGAAUCCCUUAACGCCAUCCAGAAGGACAUUAAGGAGAAGAUCAUGCCUGGCAUGACGCACUGGCAGUCGCCCAAUUUCUACGCCUGGUUCCCCUCCAACACGUCGUUCCCGGCGAUGCUCGGCGACAUGUACUGUGGCAUGUUCAGCAUUGUCGAGUUCAACUGGCUACCUGUGGUCAUGGAUGCCCUGGGCAAGCUUAUUGGUCUCCCUGAACGCUUUAUGGCGAUCCAGGAAGACGGGUUUGAGGGAGACGGCGGCGGUGUCAUCCAGGGAGGAGCCAGCGAGGCCAUGAUGGUCGCCAUGAUUGCAGCGCGCGAAAUGGCUACUGAGAAGCUGAAGGCGCAGGGAGUCGUGGAGGACGAGAUCGUUGCACUGCGCAAUUCGCUGAUUGCAUACUGCUCAGACCAGACGCACUCGGCUGCGCAGAAGGCCGCCAACCUGAUCGGUUGCCAAAUCAACGUCAUCCAGACUGCCAGCGACUUCCGCCUAACCAAGGAGCUCCUCGCCGACGCCAUCGCCAAGGACAAGCAGAAAGGGCUGAUUCCGUUCUACGUGUGCGCAACCUUCGGUACAACCAACACGACCGCCAUUGACGAUCUGCCGGGAAUCGCCGAUGUGGCCGAGGCCGAAGGGCUCUGGAACCACAUCGACGGUGCGUACGCCGGCGCCGCCCUCGCCUGCCCCGAAUUCCAGCCGCUGGCCAAGGGCAUUGAGCGCUGCGACUCGUUCAACUUCAAUCCGCACAAGUGGAUGCUGUGCAAUCACAGCUGCUGCGCAAUGUGGGUGGCCGACUCGACGCACCUGGUCAAUGCCAUGGCAAUCCAGCGCGAGUACCUGCCAAAGGUCAAGAAGGACAAGGGGUUCGUCAAGGACUACCGCGACUGGCAGCUGCCGCUGGGCAGGCCGUUCCGCGCCAUGAAGCUGUGGUUUGUUCUGCGCAUGUUUGGGGCCGAGGGCAUCCGCAAGCAUAUCAGAAAGGAUGUUGACAAUGCAAAGUGGCUGAGCGAGGAGCUGGUUAGCGAUGGUCGCUUUGAGCUUGUCGUGCCUGUGGUGUUUGGUCUGGUCGUGUUCCGCCUGAAGCCGUCAGCACUGCCGACGCAUCUGCAGGGCAGUGCCGAGGUAGAGAAUGCCGCGAAUGCGGCCAUUGCUAACGAGAUUAACACGGAUGGCCGCGCUUUCCUGCUGGGAACUAAGCUGCAUGGGCGCGAUGCCAUCAGGGUGGCCGUGGGAUCUGCAGCAUCGACCAGGGAGAACGUCUCGGAGCUGCUUGGCAUCAUCAAGGACAAGACGUCGGUGGUUCUGGCCAACCUUGAAAGCAACUAA